CCUCAUCUGGCGACUGGAAUUCGCGGAUGACAAUUUCCAUGAUCUGGCUGGUAUAGUAGUUGGAGUAUUCCUCGUCCAUGAGCGGAACCACGUAACCAACAGCCUUCAAGAAUGAGGCGAGGGCUUUGCCACGUUGUCGUCGAGCACCUGUCCAAAGCGGGUUCAAAAUCUCGUCGAACGAUUCGAUACCAUAUGGCGCAGCUGCUUCUGCCAAUGCAGCAAUGGCAAGUGCAGUGACCAUCCGUACUUUGGGCUGCUCAUCACUAAGGUUUUCGCCAAUGCAUUCCACCAAACCUUUCAAAUGGGGGAGAAUAGCGCAUCCCAUGAGAAUAGGAAUCUGCUGCACGAUCUUGACACCAGUAUGUCGGGCGUGCCACGACUUUUUGCUUCGGCAGACAGCUCGCAAGAAAGGAAGGAGGGCGGGGAUACCGAGUGCUGAUGCGACUACAGCAAAGGCUCGAGCGGUGGUGUUACGCACGUAUUCAUCCUGGUGGUCGAGAUCGGGUCGCAUUGUACUAAUCAUAUGGGCUAGGCCAGCGGCCUUGGCCAAAUUGGAAAUAAUUUCACGACCCUCGACACGGGCAUAGUAGUCCUGGUCAAUCAGAAGGGGCUCGAUGACAACGAGAAUCUUGUUAAAUGCCGCUCUUGAUCCUCUAGUGUACGCUCCAUGAGCAGGGGUAGGAUUUGAUUGAACAAAGCUCCUGGGCCAAACACUCGCGCAUUGUCGAAGCCGCAUGAUCUUGCGCUCCUUGAGCUCUUCCACAGACAUCUCGUUCUCGUCGGCUCCAUCGGUGAGCUUUCCAAAGUACUUCAUGUCUUCGUUCUUGAAGAACUGAAGAUCUCCAACACCUGGAAUCUCGGUGGGCAGCUGCUUGCCCAUCAUAGCCAUGCUAUUGUCUGCUUCGGGUACUAGAUAGCCUUGAUAACCAGUGGGAAGGGCAGGCAUUCCCACAGGUCUACGUACAGGUUCGUAACCUGGUGGUGGUUCAAGGAUUUUGUAGCCUUCUGAAGGAAGCAUCAUGUCGAGUUGUUCAUCGGAGAGUGGAGCAUUGCGGGCCGAUAUGUCGGUCCCAAACGCGAAAGACUGAGGAGCGACAGGUUGGGCAACAGUUGUGGCAGGCGCAGGAGCGGGGGCCGGGUUUGAUGGAGCAAUAAUUGUAGUAUCCCACCGCGAGCGGACAGGUCCUGCAGUGGAGUCAAGAGCCUCGUUCUUUGCUUCGGUCUCUUCUUCACCCUCUGAGCCCGGAGACCAUCGCGACCGUUUCUUUGUGGUAAGUUCUGCCGGUACCUCCUCGGUCGCUGCGGGCUCAUCACCAGCGUCAUCCCACCUGCGCCUCUUCCGUUUCUUCUCCACUGGAGGUGUCUUGCUGCCAUCCCGAUGAGCCACUGCGCCGUCCUGGAGCGUCGGUUUGUGGUCCAACACCUCGUUGCCGUUCUUCUCUCGAUCUUCGAUCAGGCGUUGAAUGCGCGCUUCCUCGCGCUCCAGCUCGCGUUCCUUCAUAACGUCCUGAUAUGUCGCACCGCCAUUGGCACCGUCCUUGGCGAAAGGAUCUGCACGUGUCGGAGAAAGUGCGCGAUCGAAUCGACGACGCUGGUAGUCGGUUUCACGCGAGGCAAUCUGUGCCUGUUGCUCGCGGCUCUGCAGGAUGUCGUCCUCAGCGGUAUCUCCGUGGGCGAAUUCAUUGAGCAUGUCCUUAGAAGCUGUGUACUGCCCAACCAGCCGCCUUCCGUUCAUUUCUCCGGCAUCUUCCAUAUCCUCAUCCUCGAUAGCGGCGAUGGAUGUGUUGUAGCCGGCAUAUUUAUCGACGCCGUUGCCUCCGUACAAGCUCUGGUCUUGCGCCUCUAGGAGUGACUGCUUGCUCGAGGUGUUUUCAUCGGCGGAGCCGUUGGCCAUGGAUUUCUUUCCUGAGCGCGGGCCGGCCAUUGUGCUGCAGGUGUCGGGGUAUCGUAUUGACGGUGAAGGUAAGGUGUCGCGUCGAGGGGGGGAAAGUUUGAGAUGCGUUGC